AUAAAAAGAUGGUUAGGUGAUCUUCCCGUUUUCAGUCUUUGACCUUGUGAAAGGCAUGUACAAAGCCAAACCAGGCGUAUUAUUUAUUCUAAGUUUACUGUUACAAUAAUUUUUUGAAUGCCAAAUUCAAAGACGAAACGAAGAAACCGAGGAGAAUAAAGGCAUCAAAGAGUCAACAUCCUCUCCUAUCAAACCAUACCAAAUGUCUUCAAAAUGAACAAACCAGCUCCACCAGUUUGAGAGAGGAACUCCUAGAGCCAGAGUAAGUGAAGAAUGGGAACUAUAAGAAAUCACCAUUUUUGUAGCUUCUUCUUGUUCUUCGCUUUCCUAGCUAUCUUCCCAACAAUUUCCUUCUCCAUUGACACCUUAACUGCUACUCAGUCUAUCAUAAAUAACCAAACUCUCGUCUCCCCAGGUGAUGUUUUCGAGUUUGGGUUCUUCACCCUGGAAAAUCCAGGUGAAUGGUACGUGGGGAUAUGGUACAAGAACAUUCCUGUCAGAACAUACGUGUGGAUUGCCAACAGAGACAAACCACUCGCGAACUCGUCAGGUAUUUUCAAGCUGGAGGAUCGAAACAUCGUUCUUCUUGACCAAGGACAGAAUCUUGUAUGGUCAUCAAACAUAACAAAGGGUGACAACCCUGUUGCACAGUUGUUGGACUCUGGAAAUUUGGUUCUAAAAGAAGCAAACAUCAACGAUGAGACCAACCAUUACCUCUGGCAGAGCUUUGAUUACCCUACAGAUACUUUAUUACCAGAUAUGAAGCUUGGAUGGGAUCUAAACGCAGGGUUUAACAGAUUCUUAACAGCUUGGAGAACUAAAGGAGACCCUUCAUCUGGGGAUUUCUCAUUCAAGCUAGAUUAUCAUGGAUUUCCAGAAAUAUUCUUGUGGAACAAGCAAAGGAGAGAAUACAGAAGCGGUCCAUGGAACGGUCUAAGGUUUAGCGGUGUUCCGGAAAUGAAACCUCUUGAUUAUAUCAGCUUCAACUUUGUCACCAACCAAGAUGAGGUAUACUACUCAUUUUCUAUAACAAACAAGAACUUGUUUUCCAGGUUGAUAGUUACUCCAACUGGGACUCUUCAAAGAUUAACAUGGAUCCCUGAUACUGAAGAAUGGAAUCCAUUUUGGUACGCACCAAAAGACCAGUGUGACAAUUACCGGGAGUGCGGUCAGUAUGGUAUAUGUGACAGCAACGCAUCUCCAGUUUGCAAAUGCCCAAAAGGGUUCAGUCCCAAGAAUCAGCAAGCAUGGAAUUUGAGGGAUGGGUCUGGUGGGUGUAUUCGGAAGACGGAUCUAGAUUGCACCAAGGACAAGUUCUUGCACCUGCCUAAUAUGAAGCUGCCAGAAGGUACUUCUUCAUUCGUGGACAAAAAUAUGACCCUAAAGGAUUGUGCAGCUUUGUGCUCCAGGAACUGUUCUUGUACUGCUUAUUCUAACUCAGAUAUUCGAAAUGGAGGCAAAGGUUGUGUUAUUUGGAUUGGUGACCUGAUUGAUAUGAGGCAAUAUACAGAUGGUGGUGGUCAAGAUCUCUUUGUUAGAUUGGCAGCUUCUGAUCUAGGAGAUGGUGGGAACACUACUGCUCUAAUCAUAGGCAUUACGGUGAGUGCUGGUGUUUUGCUUUUAGGGCUGAUAGCCUAUGUGGUAUGGAAGAGAAAGGCAAUGCAAAAUAAAGGAAAAAUAGGAAAGAAAGGUCCUCAUGAAAGAAGCCAAGAUUUUCUACUGAAUGAGGUGGUUAUCUCAAGUAAGAAGGAAUUCUCGGCUGAAAGUCAACCUGAUGAACUAGAAUUACCGUUGUUUGAUUUUGAUACCAUAGCAACAGCUACAGAUAACUUUUCUGAUGAAAAAAAACUUGGGCAAGGUGGUUUUGGCUGCGUAUACAUGGGUAGGUUGGUUGAGGGUCAAGAAAUAGCAGUAAAAAGGCUCUCAAAGAACUCUGGGCAAGGGACUGAAGAAUUCAAGAAUGAGGUUAGAUUGAUUGCAAGGCUUCAACAUAGGAAUCUUGUACGACUUCUUGGUUGCUGCAUUGAGAUGGAUGAGAAGAUGCUAGUCUAUGAGUACAUGGAACACAGGAGCCUGGAUUCGGUUUUAUUCAAUAAAGCAAGAAGCUCCUUAUUAAAUUGGCAAAGGCGCUUCAACAUUAUUUGCGGCACUGCUCGAGGACUUCUAUAUCUUCACCAGGAUUCCAGAUUUAGGAUCAUCCAUAGAGAUCUCAAAGCAAGCAACAUUUUGCUUGAUGGAGAAAUGAACCCGAAAAUUUCAGAUUUUGGCAUGGCUAGAAUUUUUGGUGGUGAUCAAACAGAGGCAAAUACUAAGAGAGUAGUUGGAACCUAUGGCUAUAUGUCACCUGAAUAUGCAAUGGAUGGUCUCUUCUCAGCAAAAUCAGAUGUUUUUAGCUUUGGUGUUCUGGUGUUGGAGGUUGUAAGUGGCAAGAAGAACAGAGGAUUUUAUCACUCAAACAGUGAACUCAACCUUCUUGGCCAUGCUUGGAGAUUGUGGAAAGAAGGGAAGGGAAUGGACUUAAUAGAUUCAGCAGUAGGUGAUUCCUAUAAUGCACAAGAAGUACUUAGGUGUAUACAGGUUGGCCUUUUGUGUGUGCAAGAGCGUGCAGAAGACAGGCCAAGUAUGUCGACCGUGGUUUUGAUGUUGAAUAGUGAAACAGCAACAAUGCCCCAGCCUAAAACCCCUGGCUUUUGCCUAGGACGAAGAAGUACUCUCGAAACUGAUUCAUCUAACAGUAAGCAAGAUGAAUCAUGCACUGUGAACCAAGUCACAGUUACAAUGCUAGAUGCCAGGUAAUGGAAGUUCCUGCCUCAUCUAGGGUGUUUGUGUAUCUCAAAAAAGCUCCCCUUGUACAUUCUGCUGGAUUUUCAUGACAGCCUUAGCUGUAAUUUUUGUGGCAGUUUUGGGUAUUGGUGAAACUUUGGUGGUGUUAAACUUGUGAAUACAAUAUAUUCUUUUUAGUUUC